AUGGCAGCACUCGACGCCACAGUUGUCCCUCUCACACCUUCUACGCUCGCAUCACUCUCACCUUCAUCAAAAGCAUGCAUCGAACGGUUGCACUCACAUCGCGCAGAGGAAGUCGACCUCUCAGGGCAGGCGCGUUUGGCAGCAGUGCUCGUGUUACUGUAUGAAAAGGCGGACGAGCUGCGCGUGCUCCUUACGACGCGCUCAAAGACGUUGCGCGCACACCCGGGAGAGACCGCGCUUCCGGGCGGGAAAGUGGACGAAAAUGAUGCAAACGCUGUAGCGACUGCCUUUCGCGAGGCAAACGAGGAAGUUGGGUUGCCUUUGAAUUGUCCCUCGAUACACACUGUAUGCGUCAUGCGACCGUUUCUGUCCAACCGAAAGGUCGUUGUUUCGCCCAUCGUUGCCCUUCUAACGGACCUGUCGGUGCUCGAUGGACUGAAGGCGAACGAGGGAGAGGUAGACCACAUCUUCGACCAUCCACUCCGCGCGCUUCUGGAUCCCGCCCUUGUGGGCAAAGAGAAGAUGUCGAAGAAAGGAUCUGCGGACUGGCCGUAUGAGGCUGAGUUUCACAGCUCGGAAGACAGGCGGCUAGUGUUUCUUGAGAAUGCCAUCUAUCGGAUGCAUCGAUUCCGAAGCGGCGCAUCACCUGUUAAAGGCCUCACGGCAGAAAUAUUGAUGACCGUUGCGGAGAUCGCAUAUGGCGAGCAUUUCACAUUCGAACGAUAUGCCCCGGAGCAACUUACCAGCUUCAAUGCAGUAUUACGGCUCCUGGAUGCUGUCAAUUCUGCAGAAGUCGCUGCAUCUGGUACGUCGACGCCUAUAGGAGUAGCGUCUGGCAUGUCGCACGCGACAGCGUAG